AACACCCUAUGAGGAUGCGGCUCCGCUAGUCAUGACCCCCGUGACGUGCUCUACGUCACCUCAUUGUGGGCUGGAACCUCGCUUAUGUUUUAGCCGUCAAACGUUCGGAGAAUGAAAUUCAUUUGUCAGACAGAGGAAACCGGUCAGCAGCAUUCAGAAGGUGUCGUUAAGAGAGAUUGGUUUGGUUCUCGUCGCUGAACACUUUUGAUCGGACAUACAAGAAGAUGGACCCGAAGGACGCAAAGCCAACCACGACAUGCAGCAGCCCGGUUUGCGUGAACAACCCGCACCUGGAUGCAAUGAAAGAUGACAUCCUCUACCACUUUAGCUUAGGAACCGGAACUCACAACCUGCCAGCCAUGUUCGGUGAUGUCAAAUUUGUGUGUGUCGGGGGCAGUCCCUGGAGAAUGAAAUCAUUCACUGAGUACAUUGCUGCUGAGCUCGGCAUGGAAAACCCUAAAUCAGAGUAUCCAAAUAUCUGUGCCGGAACCGACCGCUAUGCUAUGUACAAAGUUGGCCCUGUACUCUCCGUCAGUCAUGGCAUGGGCAUCCCAUCUAUUGCCAUAAUGCUGCAUGAACUAAUAAAGCUCCUCCAUCAUGCACACUGCACAGAUGUUACAAUUAUACGCAUCGGGACAUCAGGUGGAAUAGGGCUUGAGCCUGGCACUGUCGUUGUCACCAAGCAGUCUGUGGAUGCCAACUUUCUGCCCAAGUUUGAGCAGGUGAUCCUGGGGAACACGGUGGUGCGCAGUACAGACCUGGACCAAAGCCUGGCUGAGGAUCUGCUGCAGUGCAGCAAGGAGCUGAACCAGUUUGAGACAGUGAUAGGCAACACGAUGUGCACACUGGAUUUCUAUGAAGGGCAAGCUCGUUUGGAUGGUGCUUUGUGCUCCUACACUGAGAAGGAUAAACAAGACUACCUCAAAAAAGCCAGUGAAGCAGGAGUCUGCAACAUUGAAAUGGAGUCGUCAGUUUUUGCUGCCAUGUGCAAGCUGAGCGGUCUACAAGCGGCCGUGGUUUGUGUUACGUUACUGGAUCGACUGAAGGGGGAUCAGCUGAACAGCUCUCACGAAGUCCUUCACAGUUACCAGCAGCGUCCUCAGAUACUGGUCGGCUCAUACAUUAAGAAGCAGCUGAAGGCCAAAGCAGAACAUAGCUGAGUGAAGCAGCUGUUACACCGGUAUGCAAGCAUACAUCACAAUCUGGGGACCUUCUGUUAAAAACGAUGGAAAUGUGGUGCAAUGUAAUAACUCAUCAGUAGCCACACCUUUUUGAUAUUUCCAUAAUAUUCACUGAGUUUUUGAAAUCAUGUACUUCCUUUUAUAUAUUUCACCGUCAUAACAAACCAGCAGGCACUGUUUCACUUUUGCUUCCUCUCGUAUUUUGCUUAAAUAGGAUAUUGAAUGUUAUGCAGCAGCUUCUAAAUCAAAUAUGUCUUACUUAAGGCUGUCUCUGUUUUAUACUACAUGUAAAGUUCCUUAUCCAUAAAACUUGAACCGCUUCAUGACUUUUUAUGCUUACAAAGAUGCUAAAACAAAAUCACCUUAAUGGUCACUGAAAUGACCAGAAAAAAGUACACAUGUUCUUUUCAUUGGUUAUUGCAAAACUUUUAUUUUUUUAUUUAUACAGAAUGUUUGUUGUGUUGUUAUUUUUAAGGAAUAGGCUUCUGAAAUGUUUCCAAAGGUUUGAUUUAGAAUAUGAAAACUAUGACCAAAUGUAAUUUAUCUGGAGAGAAGAAUGAAAAUUCCACAGGAUGUCUUAUCACUAAUAAAGCAUGAUGUAGUCUGAA